ACCGUCCGAUCCAAACACACACACAAAAACCAACGGCCAAGAUCCCAUCUUCCGACCACCGGAAAAACACAGAGCAGCAACGACAUGGAGGGCAAAGAAGAGGACGUGAGGGUCGGAGCCAACAAGUUCCCGGAGAGGCAACCAAUCGGGACGGCGGCUCAGAGCCAGGACGAGGGCAAGGACUACAAGGAGCCGCCGCCGGCGCCACUCUUCGAGGCGGGAGAGCUGACGUCGUGGUCAUUCUACCGAGCCGGCAUAGCCGAAUUUAUCGCCACUUUCCUCUUCCUCUACAUCUCCAUCCUCACCGUUAUGGGCGUUAAGCGCGGUGACUCCAUGUGUGCCACCGUCGGCAUCCAAGGAAUCGCAUGGGCGUUCGGAGGAAUGAUAUUCGCUCUGGUGUACUGCACGGCGGGGAUAUCGGGCGGGCAUAUAAACCCGGCAGUGACGCUGGGACUGUUCCUGGCUCGGAAGCUGUCGCUGACGAGGGCGGUGUUCUACAUGGUCAUGCAGUGCCUUGGAGCCAUCUGCGGGGCUGGCGUCGUGAAGGGCUUUCAGGGCAAAUCCAACUUCCAAAGCCUCGGCGGCGGAGCCAACGUCGUGAACCAUGGCUACACCAAGGGCGACGGCCUCGGCGCCGAGAUCAUCGGUACCUUUGUCCUCGUCUACACCGUCUUCUCCGCUACUGACGCCAAGCGUAGCGCCAGAGAUUCUCAUGUUCCGAUUUUGGCGCCACUGCCGAUCGGGUUCGCGGUGUUCCUGGUGCACUUGGCGACGAUUCCGAUCACCGGAACCGGCAUCAACCCGGCUAGGAGUCUCGGAGCCGCGAUCGUCUACAACAAGGACCAUGCAUGGGAUGACCACUGGAUUUUCUGGGUGGGGCCGUUCAUCGGAGCGGCGCUGGCGGCGUUGUACCACCAAGUUGUGAUCCGGGCCAUCCCCUUCAAAUGAAUUAAUCAUCACUCCUUUGUAUAAAUAUUUUGAAAAAAAAUCUUAUUAUCAUUAAUGGUUUUAUGGUGAAAUAAUAUCUCUUUUUAUUUGGAAAAAAUAACAACGAAAAAAUCGAUGUGCAUGGCCCGUUUUCGUUGUAAUUUUUUACCUUGUUUUUGUCUCUUUGAAUUUUCUUGUGAGCUGGUUGGUGGUGUUUUGUUGUUGUAUCCUUCUGCAUUAAAUGUGUACAUUUUUAUUAUCACUAACUACUACUCCA